AUGGUUGCUGUAUUAGGGGAUGACCCUCCAGCUUUAUUAAAAGUGCAAAAGGGGGUAGCAAUAUUUAGGUGGGAAAAGGAGAGUCUUGAAGAUAACGCAAGGUCUAGACGUCCUGUAACUGACACCACCGAAGAAAACAUUUGCUGUGUCCCCUACAUGCUAAUGGACGACAGGCGAUUGAUUAUAAAUCAAAUAGCCAAUGCUAUUAGCAUAUCCUGUAAGAGAGCUGAAAAUAUCGUGCACAAUGAACUCGUCGUGACAAGAAUGUCUUCUCGGUGGGUGCCACGUAUUCUGACAACUGAUCAGCGCACCAGGUUGAUCACAUCACGGGAAAAUUUGACAUUAUUCGCGGAAGGUCCUGCUGGUUUCUUUGAAUAUUUCCUUUAG